AUGUCCGCCGUUAUUAGCCUAGUGAUGUUGCUCUCCGCCCUCGUUGCCGGGGAGAAUUGUUCUACGCCACCCAUCUUCGUGGAUUUUCACAGCAGAGCGGUCGACGGCGGCAUCACGUUCCAAUAUGGUCUCUUCACAGGCAUCGGCAGCCCGACGUCACAGAAUCUAUCCCAGUGGCCUUCGUUCAACAACGAAACAACAGUAGGAAAUAUGGACUACUGCGGCACCAGUCCCUUUGGAGACUGCCUAACGCAAAAUCAUGGGUUCUAUUCUCCAGACUUGUCCAAGACUUACUCGUCCGGCUCAUCUUACCAGUCGGUCGACGAGCUAGGGUCCAUCCCAGCCACAAUUGUCGAAACCGCGAUUGACACAUUCAAUCUCUUCACGCAUUACUUCGACCCUUCUCCCCCAAAUGUAACUCACAUCCAUGAUUUCCCUGUCACUGUCCUCUCCAACUACUCCUCCAAUCGGACGACAUGGUUUGGCCCGGCAGGGCUCGUCGGUUUGGGUCCUUCAAGUACCCUCUUGCGCCACCUGUCCGAUGCACAGCUGAUUGCCACCCGGUCUUUUGGUUUGUACAUGGGGACAGGAUAUGAAGCAGCCAAUGGCGUAAUCAACGGCUCUUUAACGCUUGGCGGGUACGACUCGGGUCGGUUGGAGGGAGAUGUGUACAAUUUCACAAUUGGGCCCGCAUCUGCUGAAGCAGGCCAUAGCCCUUUCAAGGUCUCCGUCGCCCAAAUGACUCUCACUGAUGCAGAUGGCAAGAAGACGAAUCUGCUCGAUGCCAGUUUCGACGCAUACAUUACUACGGGUCAGUAUCAGCUCAGCUGGCCUGGAAGUGUGACACAGAAAUUUGCCGAUGCAACCGGCGCCACGCCCGCCGAUGGUGCCAACCCCGUUCUGCGGCUUCCAGACAACACUGAUUCAACACUUACAAUCUCAUUGGAAGGUGGCUUCAACAUGACUUACGACUCAGACUGGCUGCGCAACGUGUCCAACAAUUCUCCAAUCUCAGCAGGGCAUACUACGGCUUCCAGCAAUAACGGAAGCGAUAGUGCAGGAGUCGGUCUGCUAGGCUCCGCAUUCCUUUCGAAUAUUUAUCUCGUCGCAAACUAUGAUUCAAAACCGCCAGCAUUUCACCUCGCCUCGGCUCGUCAAUACGGACCAUAUGUAAUGACGGAGACACUUUGCACCGAUACAACCCCAGUUCCCGCCAAAUCCACCAAGAUAUCGUCCUUCGCCCGGGCCGGCCUGGUUGGUGCGGUUGUGAGUGGCGUGGUCGGCGGCAUCGGCCUCACGUUCGUGUGCUACUGGCUGCUGAUCAGAUGGCUGCGCAGGAGGGCCUGGCGGAAACAGCAACGCUCCAACAUCAACAGUCGAGUCCCGCCAUGA